GAGUCCUCUAAAUACUUUGGAUUUUAACGCAGGAAUGGAUUUAAUAUAUAAUUAGCGAUUAAGGGUUGAAGUACCCUAUAAAAAUGUCAUUCCUUAUCACACUUAGUUCAGGCAUACCUAAGAAAUAUAUUAUUCUUGUUCCCACAAGAGCGUCUUAAUAUCGCUGACGUGUAAUACCUUGAUGUCUUGUAACAAACACAUGACCACUCGAGUCAAAUAUUGUCAUCGCUUAGUUACCUGGAGCGGCCUUGAAAUAGCAGCAUUUUAGAGCAAUGGAUACCUUGUCGCCCAUUAUGAAGGCGGUCUUGUUGUGGUUGGGUCUGUGCACUCGCUUUGUGUCUGUGAGGACGACGACGCAAGCUCCCGCCCAAAUGUGUCCCCAACAUCAAAAGACUGACCCAAACGAUGUGAACGAGAGAUUAAAAAAGUUAUCGGGGCAAAAGAUUUACUUUGCAAACGAUGAUAACUAUUCAUAUAAAAUAUCAAUCUGUAAGCAAGGAUAUUCAGACACCGCUGCAGUUCAGCAACAUGGCGUGAAGUGGAAAGAAUCAGAGUGGAAGGUAAUAGGAACCUUCAAGGGUGCCCAUGUUACUGGAGGAACAAACUGGCUGAUGAUAAAAUACUUCCAUGGAGAGGUGUAUAAACACCACUGCAAAGGCUUAGAAAGAAUUAGUAUUGUGUUAGUGACAUGUGACCCAGGGGUUGAGAGGGGAACCAUGCGUGUCAUUGAAGAAUAUAGGAACCAAAGUAAACUAGAUGAUCCAAAAAACCCACUGGAAUGUUACUACCUGUUUGAACUUAAUAAUGAUGCAGCAUGCACAGCAAAGCCAAAGCCAAAGCACUUGAGUGCUGGAUCCAUUAUGUUGAUAAUAUUGAUAGUUGUGGGCUCCAUUUUCAUAAUUCUUGGUUUCUUGUACCGAAGAUUUAAGGUUAGUGCUAAAGGAAUGGAACAGAUACCUAACCACAACUUUUGGAAAGACUGCGGAAGUCUGCAAGCUGAUGGAUGCAAUUUUAUGUGUCGGUGUUCAGAGUCAAGCCCAACAAGAUACAAGGCAAUGGAUGAUGCCUUAGCAGAUGAUGACAGAGAUGAUACAUUGCUUCCAAUGUAGAGACUUUUUUAAAUACUCCAUAUAAGUCACAUAGUUUUGUGUGUACAUCUAAAUGUACUGAGUUUUCAAAACCAUUGUGAUAAUCCUCACCUUCUGUCAUUUGGGUAUAAUGAUAUGUUGUGGAAAAUAAGGGAGAGAUGAAGAGAUGUCCUUGAUUUGUAGUAGGAUCUGCUUAUUAAAUGGUGAAGUUGCAUGUUCAUGUGGCUAUCUUUUUUUAAAGCUAAAACUAAUGGAUGAUGCAUUGAUAUAGGAUGAAGACCUAAGUACUGUAAACAGAUAAUUAACCAAAUGUUACUCUUUACAUCAGGAGAAUGCCUCUUAUUUCUUGACGUUUUCUCCUUUUCUAUAUUUGUUCUUUAAAGGCUAAAAGCAGAGGUAAGCCUGAGACAAGCAUGAGGUGUGAGUUAUGCACUCUCCUCUUACUCUUCUCAUGAUCAUGGGUGAUUUGCCCCCUGUGUUUGUCACAUGCUUACCUCUUUUAUCAUGCCAAACAUUUUUGCCUCUGUUUUCAGUAAGCUAUAUAUGGUGUAUAGGCAAGUUUUCUUUUCAGUGUUUAACGACUAUGCAAACUUAAGGUGGUAGCCUUCUAGGAAAUGUAUUUGGAUUAAAAGUCAGAACUCUGGUACCUCUUCUUAAAAGAUGACGGAGAUAGUCAAUACAAUCAUAGAACAUGUCAUGAAUCUUUAGAUUAGGCAUCUUCUACCCUUUGACCCUGAAUCAAACAUUAAGGUCACAAGAAUUAACUAAGGAAAUGAUCACCAACUAACAGUGUUCUCCCUUAUUUUAAGCAUGACAGGUAAAUUAAAUUUUCAAACUGUUAAAGCAAUCCUUGUACAAGUUGAAUUUUCAAUAAUUCCAAGCAAUUUUAAACAGUAGUAAGAGGUACUACAGGUGGUAAAUGUUACCGGUUACUGCCUGAAAAGGAGAACACUGAACUAAACAAGCUCUUAACUGUUUAUCAGCACCUCAUAAGAAUUGUUUAGAGAGAAGUAAGAGAAAAUACACACUGAUUUUGUGGUGUAAAGGGUUAAAUAGUUUUUGAGUGAGUGUUGAUUGAGUUGUCACAACUUACAGCUAAUUGUAAUCAAGAAAAAAUAUCAUAGGAAGGCAAUGAGAAUUUUUAAGUAAAAAAUGAACAAUUUGCCUGAGGUGCAGAUGAGAAAACAUGGGUGACUUAGUCUGGAUUGGUUUUAAUUUUGCACCUGAUGGUUGAGAGGCUAAUGAAAAUUGUCUACUCUUAUCAUAAGAACAAAGGUAAUCUGCAAUUACUUUCGACACUCAAUUGAGAGCAUUAAAAGUUAUUUGCAAAUACAAAGGACCUCUUGCAAGUCAAAGAUUGAACAUAGUGGCAAGAAGCUGUCUGAGUUUCAUUCACAAAUACUGUUGCGUAGAAAAGUUCUACUCAAAAGAGGAGGUUUGAAUAUUUUACAAGUAGAAAUACAGUUAGAUGAAGGUUUGUGUGAAAGACAACAAACACUUAUCCAGAAUAAAAAAGGUUAUUAGCUUUCUUUA